AUUCUAUUGUAGAACUUCAUCGCAACAGCCACCGUCCAAACGACCGAGCUCUAACGUUAGCUCUACUCACAAGGUGCAUCUCAGGUCGACCGCAUGUCGGGUCGAAGCUCAUCGAUUUUCUUCCAGUGGCGAGUGUGGCACGGCCCGACCAAGACCGUACAUUUUCGCAGCUGUUUUAUACGUCGCUCUUUUGAGCUACGGAGGCUCAAGUAAAUCCUUUGAGAUGGUGAUGAUACGGAGAAUCCUCGAUAUAAGCGGCCCGGAUGUUAUUCUGUGUGCUUCGACCCUGUUCCCAUGAUACGGCGUGGGUCAUGGGGACCCGUCCAGUGUAAACGAAGGUCCUACAUUCGCACACGGUUGGCCUUAAAAAGUGUCGAUGAUGAUUUGGUGGAAAAUAAUACCAGAUAUCCCUCAAAAUGAGCAUCUCUUCCGACUUCCGCAUUAUGCCAACGGAUCUCUUUCGACGAUGGACGGUUGCCCUACUCUUUUGGUCGUGGAUUUCCGCUCUCUUCUACGGGAGCAAUAUUGGGGCGCUCGCCAAGUCUACCAUUCAUCAUGAGAGUGGCGAUACCUUGUACCGUCGUGAAGCCUCUUUCACCGACCAAGUCUCGUUUGACAACUACAGUUUGUCGCUACGUGGUCAGAGGAUCUUCUUACACUCCGGGGAAUUCCACACAUUUCGGUUACCUGUCCCGUCCUUAUGGCCCGACAUCCUGCAAAAGGUCAAGGCAUCAGGUUUGAAUGCUGUCAGUGUCUACGUUCACAUGGGUCUCCUCAACCCAUCGCGCGGCGUGGUGGACUUUGACGGCUUUCGAGCUCUGAAGCCGUUGUACGAGGCCGCUUUGAAAGCGGGUAUUUGGAUCGUUCUACGCCCUGGUAUUGCUUACCGUUUUCAGUACAUCAACGCAGAGACUUCUGCAGGCGGUAUAGCACAUUGGGCCACAUCAGAAGUUGCUGGAACAUUGCGAACAAGUGCUCCCGAUUGGAGAGAUGCGUGGAUGGAUUAUAUUCUCGGGAUCAUCAAAGAAACAGCACCGUAUCAAAUCACCGAAGGAGGGCCGGUCAUUGGUGAGUGCAUCAAUAACGAAUUCACUCAGAGCGUUGGAGGAGAGUAUUUUGCUGAGCUUGAAGAAGUUUAUCGCAAUUCAAGUAUCGUACUACCCCUUACCUAUAAUGACCCAGGACAAGGUCGCAACUUCAUCAAUGGGACUGGUGCUGUCGAUCUUUACGGACUGGAUUCUUAUCCUCAAGGCUUCGACUGCUCUCAUCCCUUGGACUGGAACAGGGUUACCUUGAACUACCAUCAAUACCAUGAAGCGGUCAAUCCAUCUCAACCCUGGUAUUUCCCCGAGUUUCAGGGAGGUUCGUUCGAUGCUUGGGGACCAACUGCACCAGGCUAUGCUCCUUGUGCCGUCCGAACGGGUCCCGAUUUCAUGUCUGUUUUCUACCUUCAGCUAUGGGCCAGCAAUGCGAAGUUGCUCAGUUACUACAUGCUUUACGGCGGUACAUCUUGGGGAGCAAUUCCGUUCCAUGGGGUUUACACCUCAUACGACUACGGAGCUUCCAUUGACGAGGCUCGGCAAUUGACGACAAAAUACGACGAACUGAAGAGGCAAGGCCUGUUCGUCCGAAGCUCGCCGGAAUUCUACAAGACAGAUUGGAUUGCUGACAGUUCCACGGGUCUUUCAAUACUGUCGUCUGAUGCGGUCUUUGCGACCUACCUCCUCAACCCUGAUACGCAAGCUGGAUUCUACAUUGUAAGGCAUAACGAUUCCACCUCGACUGAUAUUACCGACUUCAAGAUUAACGUUGCUACAGCAGAGGGUGACCUUCAGGUACCGAUUAUCGCUUCAGCGGUUACUCUUGGUGGACGACAGUCGAAAGUCAUCGUGACCAAUUACGCGUUUGGCUCCUCACGACUGCUGUAUUCCACAGCGCCAAUAUUUUUCGCUGGUGUCAUCGAUGGCAGAGAUAUCCUCUUCAUCUAUGGUGAUACUUCUCAGGAACAUGAGAUCGCCUUAUCGCUCACAGGUCGCGCCUUCCAAAAGAAUUAUGAUGCUUCAUCAUUCCGCGCCACGCUCACGCCGAGUUCCGUUAUUACAAUCUUCUCUUUCCCUACGGGGACUGAAGGCCUGGUGACGGUCUACGACUCCGACUCGCAGUUGGUGUUAUUCGCCGACUCUGACACGGUUGCCACCUUCUGGGCACCUGUCAUUGCUGGAGACGCGAGUGAUUCACUGCUCAACUUUUGGGGUCUGGGAACCAAUCAGUCCGUCAUCGUGGGUGGACCGUAUCUCGUGCGCUCGGCAAGCAUAUCAGGAACGGAACUUGCGUUGAAAGGCGACCUCAAUACCAGUACCCCGUUGACAAUCAUAGCUCCUGCUGUGGUUAGGUCUGUAACCUGGAAUGGCGCUGCGUUAUCGGUGAAUGCAUCCUCAUCCUUGACGGCAAUCGGAGGCCUAGUAGGGGAACUCUCAGUGUCGUCGGCAUCCGUGGACAUCGCAGUGGGUCCGACAUUGGAGGGAUGGAAGUUCCGAGACAGCUUGCCGGAGAUUCGACCAAGAUUUGACGAUGGUUCGUUUGUCGUUGCGAACCAUACCACGACCAAUAUCCCUCUUAAACCAUAUUAUACCGACGGGACAAUUUUGUACGGAUGCGAUUACGGGUUCUGCGAAAAUAUUGUUCUUUGGAGAGGACAUUUUAAUGGGACGGGAACCGAGCAGAGCCUGAAUCUCUCUAUAAACGGUGGCGAAGCCUUUGCCGCAAGCGUUUGGCUCAAUAAUGUCUUUCUGAAAACAUCUUACGGAAAUUCCACCAAUAACCGAAACAUUCUCGAGGAGACGGAUGACGUAUUCACAUUCCCAGAAGGCGCUGUUUUACCGGGCGAUAAUGUCAUCACAGUAGUCCAGGAUAAUAUGGGCCUGAACGAGACUUCUGGAACAAAUCCCAAUUCUCCUAAAAGUCCUCGUGGCAUUCGUGGAUUCCAGCUCAACUCCGGCAAGUUCACACAGUGGCGGGUUCAGGGCAAAAUCGGGGGAUAUACUGACUUUCCCGACAAGACCCGUGGCGUGUUCAACGAAGGAGGUCUUUACGGCGAGCGUAAAGGCUGGCACUUGCCUGGAUUCGACACGUCGCCAUGGGAGUCGAGGGAUCUAAAUGAUGGUCUACCCCAAUCUGCAGCAGGCGUCGGCUUCUUCGUGACGACAUUCGAUCUGCAUAUUCCAGAAGGUUUUGACGUGCCUAUGUCUUUCAACUUCAAUGAGCCGCUCGGUCAACCCUACCGGGCGUACCUGUUUGUUAAUGGCUGGAUGAUGGGCAAGCGAGUCGGGAACCUAGGGCCGCAAGCUAAGUUCCCGGUUCAUCAAGGCAUUCUCGAUUACAGUGGAACCAACACCGUCGCUGUUGCACUGUGGGCGAUGGAGGCUAAUGCAACUAUUGCCCCCGACCUGCAGCUGAGUGUGGACGGCGUGUAUGAAGGUGGGCUGGACGGCAUAGUUACGAACAAUCCUCGGUGGUCUCCCGCAGGUCGUGUAUGA